AUUAUUCAGAUCCAAACAGCGUUCGGGAACGCUGAUUUUUCCAUCCAGGAAUCCACCUUGGUUCCGCAGAAACAAGGAUCGAUCAAGAGAGAUGGAUAUCAAACUAUGGCUGCUGGGAUUACUUAAAUUAACAGCAGCUUUUGGCAUUAUAGCUAUUUGCUAUUUACACUUUUGGUUUUGGAAUGCAGUCUCCUACUUUGAUGAAGUCGACUCGGAAUCGAGCAUUUACGACUUUAUUGUCGUAGGAGCAGGUUCAGCUGGGGCAGUAGUGUCAUCUCGUCUCUCCGGGAACGGCAGUUAUUCGGUUUUGCUGGUUGAAGCUGGAGGCUAUCCUUCCGCACUAGUUAAUAUUCCACUGAUUUCAGGCAUCCUUCCGUCUACACCGUUCUCGUGGAACUACCAAACUGAACCCCAACCAUUUGGCCAUGCAGCUUCAGUUGGCCAUCGAUCAAUUUGGCCAAGAGGAAAAGUCAUUGGAGGAUCAAGUAUUCUCAAUUUCUUGUUGUACGUGCGUGGGAACAAGCAUGAUUAUGAUCAUUGGGCUGCUUUAGGCAACGAAGGAUGGAGCUACGAAGACGUUUUGCCCUUCUUCAAAAAAUCAGAGAAAAAUACUGGACACUUUAUUGAAGAUGAAUUCCACGGCAAAGACGGAUGCUUGACAGUCGAAGAUAGGGCUUGGAAAUCUAAUUUACCGCAAGCCUUCAUCAAAGCUGGAUUAGAACUUGGUUUCGACUAUGUUGACAUAAACGGUCACAACCAAACCGGAUUCACAACUCCUCAGUUAACAACUAAACAUGGCGCCCGUUGCAGCACAUAUUCAGCCUUUUUGAAAGACGCCCAUAAGCGUCCUAAUCUUAAAGUGAUUACAUUCGCACAGGUGCAAAAAGUUUUAAUUGAUGAAUCAAAGCAAGCGUACGGGAUUCAGUAUAAAAGACGCGGUGAGCUUAUCACUGCCAUUGCAGCGAAAGAAAUUAUCUUGUCAGCAGGCGCAAUCGAAACUCCAAAAAUUCUAAUGUUGUCAGGAGUGGGACCUAAAGAACAUUUGGAGCAACAUAAAAUAAAGGUGAAAGCUGACAGAAGAGUAGGAGAAAAUUUGCAAGAUCACAUUUACGUGCCAUUGACUCCCCUAGUCCACAAUGAUAGCUCUGCCUCACUGGUGUCUCCUCUAAACCUGAUGGCAUGGUGGGAUUACAUUGUUCAUGGAGCAGGUCAGUACUCAAGUAAUGGUGUAGACGGCAUGGCAUUUAAGAGUUCCAAAAACUGCGAACCAGAUUGGCCAGACAUUCAACUUCAUUUCUUGUCCUACUCAGUCGCUUCGGAUCACGGUAUUUGCGUAAGACAUCUGAUGGGUUUAGAAGAAAAAGCCUGGAAAGAAAUAUUUGAACCCGUCUCCAACGAAGACACAGCGUCUAUCUUCGCAACCUUGGUUCGACCGAGAAGUCGGGGAUGGAUACGUCUUCGUUCGGUCGAUCCAUCGCAUCAGCCAAUUAUUGAUCCACAAUAUUAUAGUAAUCCUCACGAUAUCCAAGUGAUGCUAGAAGGUCUCCAGUUUGCUCAAGAAGUACUCAAUACAACAGCGAUGAAGAAACAUCUACGACUGCAUAAUGCUCAGCAUCCUUAUUGUCAACAGUUUCCAGUGGAUUUCGAAUCAUAUUUAAAGUGCCUUAUACAACACAUGUCGGCUACUUUACAUCAUCCAGUAGGAAGCUGCAAAAUGGGCCCAUCAACAGACCCAGAUGCCGUAGUAGAUCCGCAGUUGAGAGUGUAUGGAAUCAAAGGUUUACGCGUUGCUGAUGCUUCUGUGAUGCCCGUUAUUCCAAAUGGGAAUAUUAAUGCGCCUGUUAUAAUGAUUGGAGAAAAAGCAGCGCAUAUGAUUUUAGAAGAUCACAGAAAUGGUUCUGAUCAGAAACGCUUGCAGAUUGAUUCUCUAACAUUUUCUCAGAAAAUAGGAGACGAACUGUGAAUAUGCCCAGAUCGAUUUUUUUAUAUGUAUAGUUGUUGACCUGAGUCGAAACAUGAAUGUGAAUGGCACCUAUCAGCUUUCCUUUUUUCUAUAUUAUUAUGAAAACUAGGUUAUCAUAAAGAAACUUUAUUACUGCAACAACCAUAAAUCCAAAAAUAUUUUCUUGUAAAUUCUUUUCUUACAUCUCGAAAAGAAAGCUGAUAUGUAGACCACGUAAGAGGACGGUUUGACGUUUGGUUAAAAUUGAGAUUAUAUGUCAUAAAAAAAAGAAAACAACGUACGCUCAUACGCAUAGUAAUAUCAAAAUUGUUCGUAAGGAGAGGAAAUAGACCACAUCAGAUGUCUCAUUUCUCUUUUAUGGGAACAUCUUUUCCAUAAGAAGAACCACGACUGAUCAAUGUAAUAUCGAUUAGCUUGUAAAUGAACGAAGCACCUGGUGGGGAGAAAAAUUAUAGUUAAUUUUAUAUGAAACAUUAUUUCUUAUUUAGAUUCUUCUUUAAUACUUAUUGCAAAAAUGAAAACGACUGCCAUUAGACUUGUAAAUCCUGUGCCCAAUAACCAUUUAACCGAGUGAAACAUAAAUGGUAAGCAGAAGCUACUCCACAGGCAGAAUAACAAAAAUGGCAGGAUAGAACGUGGACGAUAAUGACUGAAUACCAUUAUGAAAUAUGAUUAUUACAAGUAAAAUUUGGUUGCUAGAAAAUGCUUCCUACCAUCGUAUAGGGCCAUUGAAGUAUUUAGCGUCCUCUGCUGCUAAGGUUGUCGGGAAAACGCCAUUUUUCUCGUAAGUGUCCAUCAAUUUAUCCUACAUCGUUCGAUUACAAAUUUUUUUUAUCUUUAUAGAAAAAAAAGGACGCGAAAAAAAAAUGGAAUUUCACGAACUAUUUAAUACCUUUUUUUCGAAAUUAUUUAGUAGCCAUUCCGCAGACUUAUCCAUCUCGGUGGGGAUAUCUUCAAAAGGAAUGCGCUCUAAAAAGACUUCUCCAAAGACGGGCCGACCGAGAAACACAUUUAAGAGACUAGGAUACACACCUAAUUUGCUGAAAAUAGAAUAAGGUGCCAGAAUAAACAGCCCCAAAAUUUUGUUUCAGCUGCUGAGUUAUGGCGAAAAAUCCUCUCGUCCUAGGUGAACAAAAUACGUAACCGACGUACAGAGCUAAGUAUAACUUACACACUCCUACCUAGGUAUCAAUAAAUGUUUCAAAUGUGGUAAA